AGGCUUCGAUAAGUACACUUUUAAGUAAAUGUAAAUAUACAUAAAAUGGAGAUCCCCAAAUUUGAGGUUGGUAGCAUUGGAAUUGGAGCCAAAUUGUAAAAAAUGGGGGCAAUCCCCAAAUUUGGGGUCUUGCAUUGGAAUUGGAGUUGGUCCAACCCUUAUUCGGAGGUAUGACAACAUAUCCCGUUUUGAUACCUGCGGUUUCCCACGUGGCGCUCUCCACAGUUCCCCUCUGAGAUCGCCCUGCCUGCACUCUCCUCUCUGCAACGGAACCACUCAAUCAAUCCCGUCGUCCCACUUCUCUUCAAUCCCAAUCCUUCUUCUGAAAUCUAAUCCAAAAAAUGGAAGCCGCCGGUAACGACAAGAAGCAUGUGUACUCCGUGUGGGGUGCCCCGCCAAACGACGUCAGGGAUCGGCUCAAGAAGCUCAUGGACGGCCUCCGAUCGGAAUUUGGCGGCCCGGAAUUCCAGCCCCACGUCACCGUCGUCGGAGCUAUAACCUUGACGGAGCAGGACGCUCUCAGCAAGUUCAAUUCGGCUUGCGAAGGGCUCAAGGGUUACCUCGCCACCGUCGAUCGCGUCGCCGCGGGGACUUUCUUCUACCAGUGCGUGUAUUUGCUCCUCCAUCCCACCUCCGAGGUCGUGGAAGCUAGCUCACACUGCAGUGGACAUUUUGGGUAUAAGAGUUCCACUCCUUAUAUGCCGCAUCUCAGCCUUUUGUACGGCGAUCUGACCGAUGAAGAGAAGAAGAAGGCUCAAGAGAAAGCCGUUCAACUAGAUGACAGCAUCAACAGCCUGAGCCUCGAGAUCAGCAGCCUGGAGCUAUGGAAGACUGAUACAGAAGACAACUCUCUCAAAUCAUGGGAGAAGAUCUCAGAGUUCAACCUCUCUCCCAACUAAGACUAUAUAGGAAGCUGUUGUACAUCACUCAUCUUUGAUUUGGCUUCUAACCAGAUCUUCAAUAAAUUGGGCAUUACCUACAGUCCUGUUACGUAACUGUGUGUUCGAAAGAAGCAAAAGAUGAAGCCCUGUUGUAAUGCAUUUGUGAGACGGUGACAGUUCAUUUGAUGGCAAUUGAUAUAAGAGGAAGGAUCCGUUUUUCCUCUUUUAGGCACGAUACAUUCAGCGGAUAUUAUCGGUGCCAUACUAGCAGCACAAAUAGAAAAAGUUGGCAGGCUGUGUUUUGAUUUGAGCCGGCAUGUCACAGAGAAUUUAACAACUUGUAAGAGGAGGUGGAUAUCCCGUGACGGUUUGUGUAAUGAUCUAUCUGUCUAUUAAGGGGCAAAAGCUGAAACUGGACGGCUCCGACCUUUUCAAGCUUCUUGUUGUUGUAUUCCACCCUAAUGGUUUAUCUGACAGCUAGAUCUGCAGGGAAUCUUACUAUUAUGCAUACAUACAUACAACUCAGGAGGUUUGACAUUUAGAACAUUGAAUCUGCCCACACCCAACCUACAAGUGAAGAUACCUCUCCUACCUCUCUGUUCAACAGCAUAUAAAAAAGAAGAGAAAUA